AUGCCUCUCGCACCGACCCCAGUGGUGGCGGUGCCAUCGAAGCCUAAGAUCGGAUUUAGCAUAGACAGUAUAGUCGGUGGGUCGGAGCGGCCGAAACAGGCGUCACCUCCGCUGGCAAGUCCUGGCUCUCCGUCGCCGGUUGCGUCCCCUAGAAGUCCAUCGCCUCGUCCGCUACUAAGACCGAGUGCAUUGCCAGCUGUUUUUCCUACACCCGAGCUCAAAAGGCUACCUUAUUUAGAUGCCCAAAGCCAUCACCAUCAGUUCCUUGCGCACUUCCAAGGCGCGGCGCUAGCAGCGGCACUUGCACAUCAGCAACAAGGUUUCGGAGCUCCUCUACCUCCACAUCCACCUCCACAUCCUGCUGCGCCUGUGCCGAGAGAGUCUUAUCAACUUUAUCCUUGGCUGAUCAACAGGCAUGGCAGAAUAUUCCCCCAUAGGUUUCCAGGAGGUUAUGGUAUUGUUUUAAAACAGUCAUAA